AUGAGGACAGAGCGGAGCAAAUACGAGAGCGGGGUCUGGAACCGCGCCAGCCCUCUCCUCGUGUUCUACACGGCCUUCUUCUACACAGGCUUCAUGCACCUCCACGCCAGCAAUGUUUGUUCGACCUGUCAUAUUAAUGCGACAUGCACGACCGAAAAAGGGAUCGAAACCUGCACCUGUAACUAUGGAUUCUCUGGAAACGGAAUAAGUAUCUGCUCAGAUAAAAAUGAAUGUCAGAUAGGGGCUGAGAAGAUCUGCGGGCCACAUGCUGCUUGUUAUAACACACACGGCAGCUACUACUGUACGUGUAAUAAAGGAUACAGACCAUCCAACAAUAUGGAUUCAUUCACACCUAAUGAUGGAACACAUUGUACAGCCAUUGACUGUGGGUCACCACCAGUGUUGGAGAACACAGUGAGAUUUCCAUCAGCGAACACAACUUAUAGCAGCAUGGUGGUGUAUGAGUGUCUGACUGGCUAUGUGUAUGCAGGAGGAAACACCACAUUACUCUGCUCUGCCCAGGGUCAGUGGGAAGGACAACAGCUGGAGUGUGACGCUGUUAACUGCGGCUCACCCCCCGAGUUACAGAACACAGUAAGAUACCUACCAAAGAACACAACCUAUGGCAGUACAGUGAAGUACCAGUGUCUGGCCGGCUAUGUGCAAGUGAAAGGAAACACCUCAUUAGUUUGUUCUGCCCAUGGAGUAUGGGAAGGGCCAAAGCUGGAGUGUGAAGCUGUUGACUGCAACUCACCCCCGGAGUUACAGAACACAGUGCAAUACCCACCAGAUAAUACAACCUAUGGCAGCACGGUGGAGUACCAGUGUCUGACUGGCUAUGUGCAUGUGGCAGGAAAUGGCACAUUAGUCUGCUCUGCCCAGGGUCAGUGGGAAGGACCUAACCUGGAGUGUGAAGCUGUUGACUGUGGCUUGCCCCCAGAGUUACAGAAUACAUUGCAAUACUCUCUAGGCAACACGACGUAUGGCAGUGAAGUGGAGUACCAGUGUCUGGCUGGCCAUGUACGUGUGAGAGGAAACAGCACAUCAGUCUGCUCUGCCGAGGGUCAAUGGGAAGGACCAAACCUGGAGUGUGAAGCUGUUGACUGCGGCUCACCCCCAGAGUUACAGAACGCAGUGCGACUCUCACUAGAUAACAUGACCUACGGUAGUACGGUGGAGUACCAGUGUCUGACUGGCCACGUGCAUGUGAGAGGAAAUGGCACAUCAGUCUGCUCUGCUCAGGGUCAGUGGGAAGGACCAAUCCUGGAGUGUGAAGCUAUUGACUGUGGCUCACCCCCAGCUAUAGUGAACACAAUGAGGAAUCUACCACAAAACACAACCUAUGGAAAUAUGGUGGUGUACCAGUGUCUGCCCGGCUACGAUCAUGUGAGAGGAAACUCAACAUUAGUCUGCUCUGCCCAGGGUUUAUGGGAAGGACCAAACAUUGAAUUUGUUGACUGUGGCUCACCCCCAUCUUUAUUAAACACACGGCGAUAUUCACCACAAAACACUACCUAUGGCAGUAAGACGGAGUACAAGUGUCUGACUGGCUAUGUGUAUGUGAGAAGAAACACUACAUUAGUCUGUUCUGCCCAGGGUCAGUGGGAAGGACCAAGCCUGGAGUGUGAAGCAGUUGACUGUGGCUUGCCCGCAGUGUUACAGAACGCAGUGCUUUUCCCUCUGGAGUACACGACCUAUGGCAGUACAGCAGUGUACCAGUGUGCAACCGGCUACAUGCACGUGAGAGGAAACAACACAACAGUCUGCUCUGCCCAGGGUCAGUGGGAAGGACCAAAACUGGAGUGUGAAGCUGUUGAUUGUGGCACACCAGCACCCAUACCAAAUGCGUGGUUGUCACCUGUCAGACAGACAAUGUACGGAGCUGAAAUCCAAUACAUUUGUAAGACUGGGUUUGUAAGUGAAGGAGGAAAUGGCACAAUGAUCUGUUCCGAGAGGGGUCAGUGGGAAGGAGCACAUUUCAAUUGUUCAGAGAUCGACUGUGGGAUUCCUCCAGUGGUACCGCAUGCCAAACUGACCUCUUACCACAGUACAAGACUGGGAAGUGUUGUCCACUAUCAAUGUAGCGAUGGAUUUUAUGCGGUGUCUGGAAACAAUAUGUCCAUAUGCAAACAAGAAGGGCAAUGGGAAGAAGUCACACUCGUGUGUAAAGUUAAUGAUUUUAUUCUGUUUAAUGAAUCGUGCUUGAAGUGGAAAAGAGAUGGAGUUGGAACCAGAUCUGAGGACACGUAUUUAAUUCAGAUACAAGGGGAGAGAGUCUAUCAAAGGGAGUUCUUUUACAAAGAGUCAUUUAAUUAUACUACAGCAGAUGACUCCCCUGCAAUGUGUUUGCACUUGAAACCAGGCACCAACUAUACAGUGAAUAUCACAGCUCUUACAUCGCAACAUUCUGCAUGUAUACAACUAUCAACGGCAGUCACUGACCCUCCAGUUCCUGACGUACAAGUUGUUGUUGUAGAGCAGGUACUGCCGCCACUCAUCCUUCGAAGAGCAGAAAGUAAGAAUGGACCCAUUAGCCUUUAUCAGGUCAUUGUUUUGCCAUUGAAUUUGCAACCCUCAUUCAAUUGCAAUUCCCAAAACACAAGAGAUUUCUUUGGCCACCAAAAAGACACGGAAGCAUACAUCACAGCAGAAUUCAUUGCAAUGGAUGUUGAGGAUGGGAUGCAGUUUUCUGUCGGAGACCGGCUGUACUACAGAGACUUUUAUAAUGCUGCUUUAGAGACUGGCAAGAACUAUUACUUUCUAUUGAAAACUAUCAGUGAAUGGAAUUAUGUGAAGAAACAGUCGUGUGUGACUUUGGCACAAUUAAAAGGCUCAUCAAACAAUGUGCAGACAAUGAUGAUUUUGGGACUGGGUUCCCUGGGAAUGGUUGGAUUCAUUCUGUUUCUCUGCUAUUCUGUGGCAUGGAGUUUCAAGGCGAGAAAAUAGCAGAGGUGCUGAAUAUCACAUAUUAAUAAAGGAAGAUUCACUGUGACAUUGGCCAUUCGGUGAAUGUUACUAAUUCUGCAGUUUUCA